CGCUCUCACUCGCCUCAUCUCUUUAUCUCUCCGCGCCGCCGCCACACCCACCCGCUUUCUCCACGCCAUACCUACUCUCUAAACACUCCAACAUCACCAUGUCCAACCAAGGUUAUUACCAGGGCGGUCCCCAGUACCCUCCCCAGAGCUAUGGCCCACCCCAACCAGGCUAUGGCCAACAGUAUGGUGGCUACCCUCAGCAGCCGAUGCAGUACCAGCAAGGGCCUCCACAGCAGGUUAUCGUGAAGGAGAAGAAGGAUCGUGGCUGCUUGGGCUCUUGUCUCGCCAUUCUCUGCUGUUGUUUCGUGUGCGAGGAAGGUUGCGAGUGUUGCGCCGAAUGCUGCGAGUGCGCCGAGGACUGCUGUUAAACAAGCAAUCAACACGGAGUGAUACCCUACGACACUACGAAAACGGCUGCGAAUCGAAGCCAG